GUGAAUAGAUACGUAAACAAUGGAUGUAGAUCAUUUACCAGAGGCAGACAAGAAACAGUCAACAUACUGCAACAUCAUGGAAGGAAGGCCCUGUAGAGCUGCCUGUUUUGACUGGGAUUUCAGGGAGGUAGCUUUUACAGGACCAGCAAAAAGGGAAGGAAUUUUUUAUGAAAGACAAAAAUUUAUGACGAUGGUUAAGGAGCUUAACUUUACCAUCUAUCCUUCAGAAAAAGAAGUUAGAGUAACCCGAAGUUUACCCAAACGAAACUUUAUCAAGGAGUUAAAAAAAUUUAAAAAUCUGUGUGUGUCAGAACCCUGUGGCUGCAUUUUGCUGUCCAUUUCUUCACAUGGAGUGAUUGUGAAAACCGAUGACCAGAUAGACAGUGGGGAUUUUGAAACAUUUGAAGAUUUCAUCCUAACUCACCCUGAGCUUGACCAAAAUGAAUUUUCCACAAAUUAUGUUGAUGAACGUGUCUCAGUAAAAGAAAUCAUGGAAAUGUUUAGAGAUGAAAGAUUGAAAAAGAUUCCCAAAAUAUUCUUUAUUCAGGCAUGUAGGAACCAAAUUCAUCCAGCUGAUCUAGAUGCAGAUAUUGGCUUUGAUGUGUGUGUUGUACGAGAUAACGGAGAGGGUGAACCAUUGCCACAAAAUCAUUUACUAGUCCCACAAGCUUCUCCAGGCAAAAACAUGGCAUACUCCCCACCGUAUUUAGAGAACAGUGUCAUUGUCUUCUCCACUCCAUUUGGUUAUGUAGCAGGAGUUGAAUCUACACAAUUUGGAAGUCAUGUAUGGGAUGUUCUUGAGGAUACACUAAAAAGUAUGGUACCAGUAAAUGGAUCAAUAAAUCUUCUUGACUGGUUAAAGAAGACAAAUGGAGAACUGGCUAAAGAUGAAAAUUUUGAAAUUCAACGUAAUGUGAAAUACAAACCUCUUCUCAGUAUCAGCCAUACACUGACAAAACAGAUUUUGUUUAAGCUACAGCGCGAGUGAUAUUCAAAUCUGGUCAUAUUUUUUCUUUUAGAGUAACCAUGAUUAUGUACAUGAUACAUUUUCAUUCAAAUAUAUACAUCAGUUACAUGUAAAUCUUUAGGUCAAUGAUAAAAGUUCCUCAACCCUCGAUCAGCUCAAUAAACUAUGAAGUGUUAUUGUUAUUCAAAAGAUGUCUCAAACUCGAUUUUUGUUUGUUUGUUGAAUUUCCAAUGAAUUAUGUUGUACUAUCGGAUUACUACAUGUACAUUUUUUUUAUAUAUAUAGAUGUGGAAUCUAACAAUCAUACAAGCAAAUAAUUCUGGAUUUAUAAUUUAUUGAUUAAUACUGAAGACUUGGGGUUGUCAGACGAACAAAAUAAGUAUUCUCUUGUAAGUGAUAAGUUAAUUGAUUUGUUUGAAGAAUGAUCUUUUUGUGAAACAAUAGUCUGAUUAUUAUUGCAUGUAUCAACUGAGAAAAAGAGGAUUAAAUGGUUUUUAGCAAAAUAAAUGAACCUUUAUCUAACUAUUACAUUGCUGUUUCCUUUAAAUAAUAAUGUUUACUGUUUACCAUUGGUACCUUGAUCUGAAAAAAUAUGAAUGAUUAUCUGAACCGAAAGCUAGAACUUUCCAUGUAUAAUGGAAGCUACGUAAUUGCUUAUAUAAAACAGUGGUAUAUUUUUUUAAAAGAAAUUUUUUAAAACCUGAUCUGCUUUGCUAUCUAUAAAAGGAUAAUUAUAAUGAAUCAUAUACCUGUAGCUCUACAUGUAGAUAUUUCACGUAAACUGAUCUUUGUGCUCUCUUACGAUUUUUUUUCUUAUCAUCCUUUUGAAAUUUUAUCAAAAAUAUUUUGUAUAAGUUUCAUAUAAGUCAUCAUUGUCCUUUAACUGUUCAUCUAUGAUGUAAAAACGAUGGGAAACUCCAGCAAUGUAUAGAGCGCAAAAAUUUGUCAAUAGAAAAAAACAAUAUAGAGUAUAUUUGUGACUUGGUAAUUUCAAGGUAAUAUCAAUGAAAUGAAAACUUUUUUAAUUCAUUCAAAAUUAUUUUAGUUGUCACAGGGUGCUCAGGGGCAAUGACCAUAUAGGAUUCUUUUUUGUCAUAGCACCAAGCUUCUUUAUUGUGUCAAGCAAUAUGUGAAAUGGAUAAUUUUGAGGCAACAGUUUUAUACAUGUAUACCAUAUUCUUUUACAAAAAUACAGUCAUUUAUUCAA